AUGGAAAGUGAAUCUUUUGCUGAUACUGAAGUGCCUUUUUGGAGGAAGCGUCGCUAUCAUGUUGUCCUUAUGGUUUUCUUCGGUUUGGUAAAUCUAUUGACACUCCGAGUUACUCUCAGUGUUGCGAUAGUUCAAAUGAUUCAAAAGACCAACGUCACUCUUGAAGAUGGCACAGUUGUUGAAGAACAGGAGUUCGAUUGGGAUUCUACGACCGUAGGUUACAUCCUCAGUUCCUACUUUUACGGAUAUAUAACAACACAAAUCCUGGGAGGACUUCUUGCUUCUCGCUUUGGACCCCAUUUGGUGUUCGGAAUUGGAAUUGGAUCCAAUGCGGUGCUUGUUUUAUUAAUACCAGUAGCAACAAAGGCUAAUGUAGCUUUUCUCAUCACAAUUAGAGUUCUUCAGGGUGUCAUUGGGGGCGUAACCUAUCCUUCAAUCCUCGGCAUUUGGUCUCAAUGGGCGCCAGUGUAUGAGCGAGCAUUUAUGGGAAAUGUUGCAUAUACAGGAAAUUACGUAGGUUUGAUAGCCGCGAUGGCUCUCUCAGGCCUUAUGACUGUUGCUUGGGGUUGGGAAAGUGUGUUCUACGUCUUCGGGGUGGUUGGAUGCAUUUGGUACAUUGCAUGGGUGUUUGUGGUGAGAGCAAAUGCAGAGUCCGAUCCGUUCAUAAAGGAGGCCGAGAAGAAGUAUAUCAUUUCUAGCAUCGGAGAACGCAGUAAACACAAGAACAUUAAGCAUCCUUGGAAGGAUAUUCUACUAUCGCCAGCUGUUUGGGCAGUUUCGGUAGCUAAUUUUGUAUCAAUGUUCGGAACAUUCAUGCUCUUAACGGAAUUACCCUUAUUCCUCAAUGAUACAAUGGACUUCGAAUUGAAUACAACUGGAAUCCUUGCCGCCAUUCCCUACAUAGUUGGCAUAGUGUUCCUGUUUAUCGCCGGAUAUUCAGCUGAUUGGGUUCAAGUCAAGGGUUACUUGAGAACCGGACAAGUUCGGCGAUACUGGAAUUGUGUUUCUUGUCUCGUGGAAAUGGUUUUCAUGAUACUCACCACCGUCGCAACUACUCCCGCCUUGACUAUCACCUACAUCUCACUGGCAGUUGGCGCCAGUACUUUCAGCUUCGCAGGAUAUCUAGCCAAUGCCCUAGAUUUGGCACCUACGCACGCGUCUGUUAUCCAUGGCAUUACGAACAGUUUCGGAACUCUGGCCGGGAUUUUGGCUCCAAUGAUAACAGGCUAUAUAGUCACUGACAAGAAGGUAGAACAGUAUCAUAUUGUAUUUUACAUCACAGCUGGAAUUUAUCUCUUCGGAGCUGUCUUCUACUGGUUCUUCUGCAGAGGAAAUCUGCAACCGUGGGCGAAAAUUGACUUGGCAGAGAAGGAAGCCAAGAAAACGACCGUUCAAUAGUAUAGAUUGCAUUAUGAAGACCAAUAAAAUCAUA